GUUUCUGAACGCGGAACUUCCGCAUACGUCAUUAUCAGCGUGCGAGAGAUGGACACAAACAGAACAGCGAAGCUUGAGUUUGCGGUGCAGAUGUCAUGUGACAGCUGUGUUAAUGCAGUAAAGGGCGUUUUGGAGAAAGAACCGGGAGUGCAGUCGGUGCAGGUAAACCUGGGUAAGGAGGAGGUUCUGGUUGAAACGGCGCUGACGUCUUCACAGGUCCAGACUCUGAUAGAGAGCACAGGCAGACGGGCAGUGCUGAAGGGAAUGGGCAGCUCAGAAUCAGACCUGGGCGCUGCCGUGGCGAUGGUCAGGGGGGCGGGGCUUGUGCAGGGCGUGGUCCGGUUCCUGCAGUUGUCACAGGAACGCUGUUUGAUUGACGGGACGAUUGACGGACUGAAGCCAGGAGCGCACGGCCUGCAUGUGCACGAGCUCGGCGACCUCACACAGGAUUGCAGGAGCUGUGGAGAUCACUUCAACCCGUUCCGGAAACACCAUGGAGCUCCUCAGGACGCAGACAGGCAUGUGGGCGAUCUGGGAAACGUGACGGCAGAUCCCGACGGAAGAGCUUCGUUCCGGCUAGAAGACUCUCAGAUAAAGGUGUGGGACGUGAUUGGCCGAUCUCUGGUGGUGGAUUCUGGGGAGGAUGAUCUGGGCCGCGGGAAUCACCCGCUGUCCAAAAUAACAGGAAACUCGGGAGACAGGCUGGCGUGUGGAAUCAUCGCUCGAUCGGCCGGCUUGUUUCAGAACGCUAAACAGAUUUGUGCCUGUGAUGGUGUGACCCUGUGGGAGGAGAGAGAUCGGCCCAUCGCUGGGAGAGGACGGAGAGUCACUGACGCGCCGGCAGCUCAUCUGUAGUGGGUCGAGCAUGCCACCUUCACACACAUACAGAUGGACAUCAAGCACAGAUAUA